AUGACAGCGAAACAACUCAAGCUUGCCCCUCAGAAGUCAGAGGUAGUACUGCUGGCAGCAGGCAGAAAACUGAAAAGUAACACAAUUGAAUUGAAGGAAACGAACAUCCGUAGCCAAGAAUCUGUCAAAUACCUGGGAAUCCACAUGGAUCAAAAUAUGAAAAUGGGAGCUCAUGUUAGAAAAAUAGCAGAGAAAGCGGGAAAAACCAUAAGCAACACAAGCAGGAUAAUGCCCAACAUUGGGGGUCCUCGAGAAGGUAGCAGAAGAAUGAUAUGCUCAGUCGCCCAGUCGAUCAUGCGCAACGAUAUGGAAAAGAGCCAUGGAAAAAAGGUAUAUAGGAAUGUAUUACUUAGUGUUCAACGGAGAGCAGCCAUAAAAAUAGCGUGUGCAUAUAAAACAACAUCAACUAAAGCUCUGCUGAUGAUUGCAAGAACCCCCCUAAUAGAUCUGCUGGCGGAAGAGAGAACAAUGGUACAAAACAACGUAUCAAAAGGGUUAGCAAGGUUACAAAUUAUGGAAAAAUGGCAACAAUUUUGGGAGAUAGACGAUGGAAAGGCCAACUGGACAAAAAGAUAG